AUGGCAUCCCCAGUAUCUGAUAUCCUCCAAUCCAUAGCAUUGGCUGGAAAGGCCUACGAGAAGAAUGGGUCGGGUUCGAGAGAAGCAUUGAUCGAACUGGGACGCGCCCUGGUCGGCGAGCUGGAGAUCCCCAGCGAGUUCGUUCAGCGGAGCUUCUGGGCGGAGCCGGCCAUGUCAGCCAUCGUCCGUAUCGCCGUCAACGCCCAGCUCUUCCAGCACCUGAAGGACGCCGGAGACAACGGACUCGACGCAUCAACCCUAGCCAACAAGACCGGAGUGCACGAGCUCCUCCUCCAACGCCUCAUGCGACACCUCGUCACGAUGCAUCUCGUCACCUUCCACGACGGCGCAUUCCACGGAACCAAACUAAGCAACGGCCUCGCCGAAGAGCGAUACCAACACAGCGUCUCGUUCUGCUACGACGUUUCCCGACCCAUCUUCAACAAGUUCCCCGAAUACUUCCAGAAAACCGGAUACCGACCGCCGUCGCUAGGCGCGCUCGACGGGCCCUUCCAAGACACACACGGCACCGACCUCGCCUUCUUCGAAUGGCUGGUCUCGACCCCCCCGCACCUCCAGCAUUUCGACUCCUUCAUGACCGCCUACCGCGCCGGAAAAGCUGAAUGGCAUGAACCCGGGUUUUACCCCGUCGCGGAGCGCCUCAUCACCGGCUACCACGACCCCCCCACCACUAACGACGUCCUCCUCGUCGAUGUCGGCGGCGGCCGCGGCCACGACGUCGCCACCUUCGCAGCGCACCACCCCUCGCACCCGGGCCGCAUCAUCCUCCAAGACCGCGAGCCCGUCAUCGCGGGCGUGCUCGCCAGCUGCGGCGAAGGAAAAUCGCUACCCUUCGAAGCGCAGGCGCACGACUUCUUCACGCCGCAGCCAGUGCGCGGUGCGCGCGCCUACUUCCUCCACUCUAUUCUCCACGACUGGGGCGACGACGAGGGCGUCCGCAUCCUGGAAAAUCUGGUCCCUGCGCUGGAGCGGGGCUACUCGCGGGUGUUGCUCAAUGAGAUCGUGCUAAGCGAGGAGAAGCCCACGCUGGCGGCGACGAGUAUGGACAUGAUGAUGUUAGCGCAUUUCGCGGUCCGCGAGCGGACCGAGGCAGAGUGGAGGGGGAUUUUGGGGAAGGCUGGGUUGAGGGUUGUUCAGAUUUAUUCUUAUCCGGGGGUUGCGGAGAGUUUGAUUGAGGCGGAGUUGGCUUGA